AUGAAGAAGCGUGUUCUUAAAGUGCUCGCUCUUCGAGAGCAGGUGGGUAUACAAGAUCGUCCUCUGGUCAUCUGGGAACCGGCUCCCCUUUCAUGCAAGCCAGAGAACCUUCAAGACUGUCUAGAGGUUGCAGCUUUAGUCGACGUGUUUAGUCCAAACCACUUAGAGCUAGCCGCAUUGUUUGAUACCUCGGCUUCUUCUGAUAGAGCUGAGAUCGAAAGGCUGGCUUUGAAAUUCCUAGCCAAUGGAGUCGGCCCAGAAAAGAAGGGUGUGGUGAUUAUUCGAGUUGGUGAAACUGGCUGCUUGGUUCAAUCGCGUAACCUCGUUUCGCAAUGGCUACAUCCAUUUCACAUAGCAGGAAUUGGAGAACAGCAGGCUACCAAAGUGAUUGAUCCGACUGGAGCUGGAAACGCAUUUCUGGGAGGCUAUUCUAUUGGGUACCUCCAAACGGGAGGUGAUAUAAUCCAGGCGGCCUGUUAUGGAUCUGUCGCGGCAUCAUUUGCAUUAGAGCAAGUAGGAAUGCCGGCGAUGAAUAAUGAAGGAGAUGAAGAAUUAUGGAACGGGGCCAGUGUCCUUGGACGAUUGCAUGAAUAUAGGGCUAGGCAAGAGCCUGCCGGCACCCAAGGGAAGUAG